CGGCUAGAAUGUAUCACUCAGCUCACAGCAGUUGCUUCCACUACUAGCUCCUUCGAGUAGCAGCUGAACAGUUCAAACAAAACCAAAACCUAUCAAAAUGCAGAAAAUUGUUCUUGUAUCGUUGGCGCUGGUCGGUGUUGCCCUUGCCUACGAGCAUCACGGAUUCGUCAGUGAGGUUAAGCACAUCCCGUACAAGUACUUCGGUGGUAUCGGCGGCGAACAGGGUGGCUUCGAGGGCGGCAUCGGUGGUGGCAUCAGCGGUGGUAGCGAGGGCGGCUACGAGGGUAAGGACUACUAUGCCUACCCGAAGUACAAGUUCGAGUACGGAGUUAAGGACUACCACACCGGUGAUCACAAGAGCCAGUGGGAGGUGCGCGACGGUGAUGUGGUGAAGGGCGAGUACACCGUCCAGGAGCCGGACGGUUCGAUGAGUGUGGUCAAGUACCACGCCGACGGCAAGAACGGAUUCGAGGCCAUCGUCAAGAACAUUGGCAAGGGUGGAUUCGAGCAGGGUGGCCAGUAGGCAGCAGCAGCGUCCACGAUGUCCAAGCGGCCAUCAAGAUAUCUCGUUUUCCGAUUUCCGAUUUCAGUUCCUUUGAUCUGACGACCCAACCCCAAGCUUACGUCCAAGAGUUUUCCCGUAACCCCGUCCAUAUCUCGUCAUUGUAAGACUGUGCUAUUCCUACAUAAAAAAAGUGAAUGAAUGAAUGCAAAAAUGUAA